AUGCAUAUCUCAGCGGAAAAGAAAGUGGAACUGCUAGAGAAAUUGGAUGAAUUUUUCAGCAGAACUGAUAAGGUAUCCGGGCCUGAAGCAAAUGUAUUUCGGCAGUUGUAUCGACAAUUUUUGGAAGAGAAACAUUAUAUCGAUUGGAACAGUUGGAAAUUUAUUGCAGAAGGUGUGCAGCGGAAUCAUGACGACCUAUCACCGUUUGAUGUCAAAAGAAAAGAUGUCCUUAAUCGUUUGGUUGUGGUGAAGCUGAAUGGAGGUCUCGGCACGACUAUGGGAUGCAAUAAACCUAAAUCUUUCAUCAAAAUCAAAGGGGAUCUUUCAUUUCUCGAUAUUGCAAGACAACAACAUGAGGUUUUCAACAAAACUCAUGAAAGCAAGGUCCCGUUGUUCCUUAUGAACUCGUUCUACACUGAUCAGCAGACAAAGAGCGAGCUGGGUCCCCACAGUGAUGUACGGACGUUUUGCCAGUCCAGGUGCCCACGGAUUUGGGCUGACUCAUUGCUGCCCGUUGAGGACACUGGCACGGAUCAAGAGUGGUAUCCUCCAGGACAUGGGAACAUAUUCCAAGCUUUAGGCGCCACUGGGGUUCUUGAUGAGUUGCUCAACCAGGGCCGAGACAUAAUGUUCGUGUCGAACAUCGAUAACACUGGUGCCGUGCUCGACCUAAAAAUCGCCCAAUUCGCCUGUGACGAAGGUGUGGACUACAUCAUGGAGUGCACGAAGAAGACGGAGAAUGAUAUCAAGGGCGGCACAUUGAUCGACAUUGCUGGACAACUAAUGCAUUUGGAGAUCCCACAAGUCCCACCAGAACAUCUGGAUGAAUUCUGUUCAACCCGAACGUUUAAAAUAUUCAAUACAAAUAACAUCUGGGUGAAUUUGCGAUCUGUCAAAGAGCACCUCCACAGAAUUUCCAGCGAGAUCAUUGUAAAUAAGAAGUUACUGCAUGGCCGAGGAGUGCUCCAGUUGGAAACUUCGAUUGGUGGAUGCAUUCGUAAUUUUCCACGAGCCUACUGUGUACAUGUUGGCCGCAACAGAUUCCUACCCGUGAAGAAAACAGACGACCUGUUGUUGGUUUCCUCAAAUCUUUAUUCUCUGAGUGAUGAACGUUCAUUAGUGCUAAAUCGAAAUCGCCCACCACCAACUGUGGAGUUGGGAGAGUUUUUCCAAUCUGUUGACGACUUCCGCAGUCGAUUCGAGGACUAUCCGGAAAUCCUUGAGCUCGAUUCCUUGAAAAUUAAAGGAGAUGUACGGUUUGAGAAGGGUGUAGUUCUGAAGGGAGAUGUUCAAAUUCUGAACGAAAGCGGAAAACAGCAAACGAUUAUAUCAGGAACUUGCAUAAAUAACGACCAAAUUAUAUUUAAAUAA